AGAUGAACAAGGAUCACGUUGAAGGUGACCUCCUGAACCGGACCUUGGCUAUUGCCCUGCGGAACCUGACAGAGCUGAAUGGAAAGUUCCAGAAAUUGUCCGAGACUGUGCAAUCGCUCUGCCCAAUGCUCCGAAACUGUUCAGAGUCUCUCUGUCCGAGCGGCUGGAAAAUUCAUAAUCAACAUUGUUAUAGAUUCUCAACGGAUACAGUAAACUGGGACUCGGCAAAACAACAAUGUGAAUCCCAAACUUCACACCUCAUCAUCAUAAAUACAGAACAGGAACAGAAUUCUCUCGAGAACAAUCCUGGGGAUUACUGGAUCGGACUAACAGAUCGAGAGAGUGAAGGAAACUGGAAAUGGGUGGAUGGGACCCCAGUGAGUUUUACUCGAUGGGAUCAGGGUGAACCGAAUAAUUGGAAUGGUCAUGAAAACUGCGCCAUCAUCAGAAGCGGCUGCUGGAAUGAUUUCCGUUGUACCCGUUACUACCGUUUCAUCUGUGAGAAAAGGGCACUGCCCUGCGUCGAGGCAGCUGAUAUUGAGAAAUAUUGUUCCUGAAGAGAGACUGGGACACAGAACGAGAGUGUCAGGAUUGUCCAAAGGUCCCCAGCCCCUCCUCCCUUCCCCACAAUCCCCAACUGCCCGAGGCCAUGUCCGAAAGGUGAAAGUUCAUCUGUUCCCCUUCUCUCCCAGGUUGAGCCUCCUGCAGCGCCCCCAGUGGUGGGAGACGGGCAUGACAGCGUGACGGUUGACAUUGGAAAACGCCAGUAUAAAUCCAGGCAGGAAUCCGGCAACAUGUAACAGGACAGAAGUCCUUCAUUUCUCUAGCACCUUUCACUAAUUCAGAUGAUCCCCAAACUGCUUUAGCAGCCAAUGAAGCAACUCCUUACAAUGUUUUCAUAGUUGUCAUGUCAGAAACGAGGCAUUCAAUUUGCGUGCAGUAAGCUCUCACUGGACUCGGGAUUAAACUCGGUCACAUCAGAAAUACCCUUUGGACUUUUUCUUCUCGGACUCUGUAAAUCAUGUGAACUCAUUUCAAUCUCCACGGUUCUUGCACUGUUACUAUCCAUAGUUGUAAAAGUUUCCUUUUUUUGUACUCCAUUACUGUGUCUGUGCAUUUGUGUGUGUGUGUGUAUACGUCAAUGUGUUUGUGUGAGU